GUGGCGGUAAUGUUACCAACAGUUUGUUGCCAACCGCCAGUAAAACCGACAAGAAGAAGAAGCAAAUCCCUUCGAGUACAAGUACGUGGCUUCACAGCUUUGCAGGGGGGAUGCUCGGGGGUGUCGUGGUUCGGAGGUGGAGAUACAAUGUUUACAUUUACAGUAUCCGUUCAUAGAUAACUACCAGCUGAUAUUUACACACCGUCCGAGUCUGGAAGUAAAUGUGAGAGGCAGCCGCCUUCGAGAAGGCUCUUUAGCGUCCGCCUUUCUUCCUUUCCCCGGGGAGCAGUAGUGAAGGAGCCUCUGUUGGUGUGUGAGGUCACCCAGCCCCAGUCUCGGCUCGACAUGGCAGAGAGCGGCUCCGCGGCUGAACUGUCCGGCUCCCUGACGAGCUCGGCUCUUCCGCCGCCCAGGACCCGCAUCUUCAAAAUCAUAGUCAUCGGGGACUCUGGCGUCGGGAAGACCUGUCUCACCUUCCGUUUCUGUGCGGGCAGGUUCCCCGAGAAGACCGAGGCCACGAUCGGGGUGGACUUCAGGGAGAGGCUGGUGGAGAUUGACGGAGAGAAAAUCAAGAUUCAGCUGUGGGACACUGCCGGCCAAGAGCGCUUCAGGAAGUCCAUGGUGCAGCACUACUACCGCAACGUCCAUGCUGUGGUGUUUGUCUAUGAUGUGACCAACACCGCCAGCUUCCGCAGCCUGCCCGCCUGGAUCGAGGAGUGCAAGCAGCAUGCCCUGGGAACCGAGGUGCCCAGGAUCCUGGUGGGGAACAAGUGCGACCUGCAGGACUCGGUCCAGGUGGGCACGGACGUAGCGCAGCAGUUUGCGGACACUCACUCUAUGCCGCUGUUUGAGACGUCCGCCAAAAGCCCCAACAGCCUGGGAGACGGGAGCUGCCGUGACAGCGACCACGUCGAGGCCAUCUUUAUGACUGUGGCCCACAAGCUCAAGUCCCAGAAGCCUCUAGUGCUGAGCCAGCCGCCUGAAGGGUCGGGGGGCACCAUAACCCUGAGCGGAGGGAGGAAUGACGGCAGUGACGGGGGCGGAGGCAGAGGGUGGAGCUGCAGCAGCUGCUGAGGACUCAAACUUCACUGGCUGUCCAGACCUGGAGCAAGGAGAGGAAAACUUCAGAGCACUGAUGAAUACCACAGCGUGUUAGGGCCAUGAUAGAUAGAAAAAGAAAGGAAGAGUACAUACAAAAACUCAGACAUUUUGAGAUUAACCUCAGAAAUUUUCUAGAAAAAAUA